AUGGCAUAUGAACGAUCAUCAUCAUUGUAUCGUAGUAAAUCCGGAGAAGACAUCUAUGGUUUAGGCUUCUCUGGUUCUUCAUUCAAUAACUCCAAUGGGAAUAAUUAUUCCAAAUAUGACGGGAUGCAAUCGUCAAACUAUGGACUCAGUGGAAUAAGCGAUAUGUUUCUGAAUAGUUACAAUCCAAACGAUUAUGUCAAUGGAAACAGUGGAACAACAUUUACUUUCAAUGGAAAUACGGGAACACUUCUAAAUGGCAGCAAUGCAUUGCAAUUUCAUUUUAAUGGCAAUCCGGAAUCACUUCUCAACGGUUCCAAUACCCUAGCAUUCCAUUUUUCAGGCAAUCCAGAUACAUUUCUCAGCAAUAGCAAUGCUCCCACACCUUCCAGUCCCACUAGUGCUGUUGCUCUCCGCAACAACAGCAAUUCCGAUAGUUUUUUCAGCAAUAGCAAUGGCUUAACGUUUACAAAUGGUGGCAGUAACGAUGGAUACUUCGAUGCUAGUUCAUCAUCGUUCAUCAAUGGUGGUGGCAGUGACAACGUGUUCUCUAAUGGUACAUUAUUUUCCAAUGGUUCUAACAACAUACCGUUUACUAACACCAUCAAUGCCGAUGCAUACUCAAAUAUUGGUCCAGUUGAACCAGCAUUGGAUAAUUCGAAUAAUGACUCGUUUGACAGUGAUAGAUCUCGGGAACAAUUUCUAAAUGGUAUUCACACGGAAAUCUUUCUUAAUGAGAAUAAUUUAGCAGCUCCUAAAAGAGAAUCUCAACUACCAGCAUUGCCGAGCACUGUUGAACCUCAAGGAUUCUCUGGAGGUUCAUUCAAUAACAGCAGUGAAUAUGGUGGAAACACUGCAGAAAAACUGCCACCCACAUCAACAAGUUAUCCAACAGACGCUCAAGGUCUUUAUCAAGAUCCAAGUCCACAUCUAGUUCGUCGACCAGCAUUAGGAGCUCCACAAGUAUAUACCCAGCGGGUUAUUGUCAAAUUUUUACAGGCACCACCUAUACCUAAUCCAGGUCCACUUAUAAUCAAAGAAGUUCGAGCACCACAGCCACCACCACCUCCUCCACUCUACAUCCGGCAACGUCCACCACCACCACCUAUUCUUCCACCAUUGAUUAUUCGUGAAGCACCACCUAAACUACCACCCAUGGGUCCACAAAUAAUCACUAAAAUGCUCCCACCAUUACCUGUACCACCACGCUCAGUAAUCAUCGAACGUUUACCACCCCUUCCACCAAAACCACGUGAUGUCAUCGUCGAACGUUGGUUACCAUAUCGAACAUUACAGAAACGUCGUGUAAUUAUUCAACGUGCUCCACCUGCCGUCAUUCCCAAACCACGUAAUAUCAUUAUUUAUUAUGAACCGGCCAAAGCUCAAAUCGUUCGUCGGUUCCAAAAUCUAGGCAUAGCUCCUGCUAAUCCAGAAGAAUACGUCGCACGUUAUGGUGCACAACUGGAAGAUGCUCAGACGCUUGUUUCACACGCUCGACAAGCUGGUGUUAUAGAAGAUAUUUCACCGCCUAUCAGUGUACGAACAAGUUUACAGUCCACUACCGCCGAAACCGGUGAAACAAGCGAUGGUGGUGUAAGCACUAUUGGUAAUGAUCUAAGCGAAGGUAAUUCGAUCGGAGGAGGUGUUGGAUUUGAAAUGGUCAAUAGCAAUGCUGGCGGAAUGGGUUCAAGUACAUACGAUUCUAUCUCAACGAACAAUACACUCGGUCGCACAAGUGGUUCUGCGGGUGAUCUUGAGUCAUCAUUCGGUAGUUUCGGUUAUGCUGAUAAUUCGAGUGGCUUCGGAGCUGCAAAUAACUAUUUUGAUUCGUAUUCAUCUCAACAUUCUUAUAGUUAA